AUGGUGGGCCAGAACGACGUGCUCUUGAUAGUGGAUCUAGACGCAGUAGCGCACCUUGGUUUCAACGGUGGUGUUGGCGCCGGGGCCCGAACUCAUCGCCUCCACGAAGAAGACAUGCAGCAAUGCGGCGCUGUCACUGGCCCACGGGCCUGGUGCGAGGGCCCGGAGAAUGACGGACGACUAAAUGCUGGGAGGGUUUAA